AUGUCUUUGUACUCUUUGGACAAUUUUUCUUUAACCCCAUCGACAUCAUUUCCUUGUAGAAAGCCGAUGGUCGCCAACAAUGCAGCGAUGAAUGGAGGCGCAAAUAGAAAUUGGUCACAAGCGACUUUUUUUACGGCCACGACACUGCCCUUGGAGCCGAAAAAUUUGUCAAGAACUCCAUACCAACCUCUCACAGCAGCCAUGAAGAAACCAAUUGCAUAAAAUUGCGCUGUUCUAACAAAAUCCAGUUCGCUAAUUUUCCGCUUCUCGACCAAGUUUUGGGCGAUUUGAUCACCAACACCCAUCAGUGUGCCUUCAAAAGUUUUAAUUACACAUAA